CUCCUCCCGCGUCCCAACUAUUUAGACAAUGUAACACUUUUUUUGAGGCUACACAUAUAUUAUAAAAAAGUGAGAUUUAAAUGAUAAUAUUAUUGUUUUCCAAAGAAACCAAAACUUUUGGCAUUCAAGGUUGUAAUGGAGGCACAUAUAGCCUGUUCCAAUCUCUCUGUGCGUAACGAUAGAUGGUGUUGCUGCAUUGCAUUUAUUACUUAUAAUUUUACAUUUCUCGAGUCCUUCCCUCCAUGCUCCACCCUAUGGAACAGCAUGUUCUUCCUUUUCAACACCAAAUUUGAAAUACUUCCAUGAUUUUACCUGGCGCAACCACGGGCGCAGCUGGUGCAUCUGCUUACCUACACGAUCUUGGGUGCAGCUACGUGUGGGGGAAAACCAAAACCAAGAGCGCAAUAGUGGGUGUGUUUCGUAUCACUUUUAUCUUUUCUUCCAGGAAGUAGGCAUAUUUUCUUUUUUAUUUACGCGGAUUAACGUCCUAAACCAUCUUAAAAAGCACAACAAAUGGUUUAAAAAGUUAAUCUAAAAGUUGCCAUGGCGGAUGCUUUAGACCGCUCCACGAAGAUUAGCCUGUUGAGGGAACCCAUUUUGAAGAAACUUUGCGAAGUGUUGGACAAAUCUGAUAAUAACAGAGGAUGGCGAAAACUUGGAGAGAUUGUUGGCAAUGACAGGCGGUUUAAAGUCAGCUCAGAUGAAAUGGAGAUGUGCUCUCUGAAGGUGUUGCAGGUAGAGGGUAGUCCUAGCCACAUGCUGCUGAGGCUUCUGGGAGAGAGAGGAUGUACUGUUGCUCACCUGAACGAGUACCUUCAAACCCUGGGCAACACUCAGGCUUUGGACUGCCUCAAACCUCCAGCUGUACAGAUUCUCAUUCAGCCCCAGUCAGUGGCUCUUGUGUCUGGGCACAAUCUGCGUCUCAGCUGUCAGGCUGUAGCCAAUGGUCCUGUGGAGUAUCAGUGGUUUAAAUCAAAAGAUGAGGUCCCCAGCGGCUCAUCUCCUGACCUGAUCAUUAGUCCUGUUCAAAUAGAAGAUGCAGGAUUUUACAUUUGCAGAGCCAACAGUGGAGAGGCUUUUGAGUUUAGCCAGUGGGCACAAGUGGACGUCUUGAAUUUUGCAUCAGUUUACAGGCAUAGUUUGAGUUCUGUGGAGGGCAGGACCAAAGUGGUGAUCCAGCCUCAGCCACAGCAGCUACACAUUGGAGAAACUUUACAACUUGAAUGUGGUGCAGUGGGAAGACCGAUCCCUCACUAUCAGUGGUAUAGAAACAGAAUGCCAAUCCCCAAUGCCAAUAAAAGAAAACUUGUGAUUUCUCACGCCACACCAGAGCACCAUGGCAAAUACAUCUGUGAGAUAACCAGUGGCAAAGAAUCAUUGUGGACCUCUGAAGCUGAUGUAGUCAUUUCACCCAGGAUAUCAGUCCAGAUUUCAGCAAUGGAGUGCUCUGAAGAUGACAUGUUUGCAAUCGAAGCAGGUUCCAGUGGAUUGUUUCUAAAUACUGUCCCUGAACAGCUGUAUGCGACUGACAAAGUGGCACUGCUGAUUGGAAACCUUUCCUAUCAGAAUCACCCGCAGCUCAAGGCUCCCAUGGUGGAUGUGUAUGACCUUACAAACCUUCUCCGGCAGCUCAACUUUAAGGUGGUUUCUCUUUUGGACCUCACCGAGUCCGAAAUGAGAAACGCUGUGGAUGAGUUCCUGCUUCUGCUUCAUAAGGGGGUCUAUGGUCUGCUGUACUAUGCUGGUCAUGGUUAUGAGAACUAUGGCAACAGCUUCAUGGUUCCCGUUGAUGCACCUAACCCCUACCAUUCAGCAAACUGCCUCUGUGUGCAAAGUAUUCUGAAACUGAUGCAGGAGAAAGAGACUGGCCUGAAUGUGUUUCUGUUGGACAUGUGCAGGAAGAGGAAUUUUCACGAUGACAGCACUCCAAACAUAGUACUGAGAGUCACAGCUAACAUUGUGUUUGGAUAUGCCACUUGUCAGGAUGCAGAGGCAUUUGAGUUGAGCUCAGCUGGACUGAUCAAUGGAGUGUUUGUGAAGUUCUUAAAGAAGCGGCUUCUUGAUGAUGAGAAGAUCACUGUGGUGUUGGACCGAGUUGCUGAAGAUAUGGGUCAGUUUGAUGCCACAAAGGGGAAGCAGGCUCUGGAGAUCCGCAGUAGUUUGUCUGAGAGGAGGGCCCUGACUGACCCCAUCCUGCCUGAGGAGAGGGCAGAUCUCCAUCACCACAGCCAACACUGGGCCAAAGCUCACGAGCUUCCUGAGAGCAUGUGUCUGGAUUUUGACUGUGGAGCUCAGAUUAAGUUAGGUUUUGCAGCAGAAUUUUCCAAUGUACUUGUUAUUUACACUCACAUUGUCAAGAAACCAGAAGACAUGUCUUUCUGCCAGGCCCACGUCACAGAUUUUUCAAUAGACCUCGAUGUGGAUCCUAAAGAAAUGAACCGAGAGACCCCAGAGGAAACGGGCAUCUACCUCCUGUCUAGCAGUCUUCCUCAGCAUUGUCUGUACACAAGGAUCAGCUCCCUGCAGAAGCUUAAGGAGGAGCUAGUGUUUACAGUGUGUCUUCAGGGUGCCUUUAACACAAUGGAGGAUGACCCUGUCUACUGGACCAAGAGUGUCAACAUUGGCAAACCUCUCAUCGCACGGCUGGAUCUACACAGGGCCAUGCGCAGAAACAGCUGCCUCCAGACAUGCCCAAUGCCCCAUAGCCCCUCAGUGAGCCCCUGCCACAGCCCCGGGCCAGACCACCAUGCCCAUCUACACUGCAGCCCCCACCAGGUCCUAGACUACAACCGCCUGUCCCCCCUGCUCCACUACCAGGACGGAUAUGAGCGAGUGCAGGGGGCGUGUGCACUCAGCGGAGGAGGGGUAGAGUCCUAUUAUGAAAACAUGAGCUUGCCCUGCCUUGAGCCAAGUAAUGACUUCAGGUUCUCCAGCUCUCCAGGUAGAGCCAGUAUUCCCAUAGAAGCAACUGACGACAUCAACGAACUGCAAACUGUCUUUAUCAACAGCCUCCAGCUCCACCAGUAAUGAAUUCUGCUCCUGGUUAGAGUGGUUCAGCUACUGUCAAGUACCUCCUUUUUAAAAAUGCUUUGUUAAAAAAAAAAAAAAAACUGUCUUAGAAAUGAAUGUUACUGGCCCAAUGUUAAACUGACCAUUGUUACUGACCAUUAAGACGUAGUACAUAUAGUAAAUUAAACUAAUAGUCUUGUUUAAAUUGCACAUAGCAGGGUUUAAAAAGACUGUUAAAAUAAAUUAAUUAAAUGAAAAUAAAAAAGGGGAAAAAAUUCAUGAAUAAACUAACUGUUGAGCUUUUAAAUAACGAAUGUGACUGUGAUAUUUUCAAGUUCAAGUUUCAAUAACUGGGAAUUUACAAUGAUAGUGGUAUUUGCACUCAUAGACAUAAUCCUGUAGUAAGUAGCAUUUUAAAGGUCAAAACAGUUACAUUGUUGUCUGUUUCAACAAGUCAUGGUGGUCACAUGACAGUGCUAUUACAGAGCUAUUAGCUCUUAUUGACAGAUAGAUGUAGCUAUUAUAGCUACCUAAUAAACUUUUUUUUAUUAUUAAAAUAGCACUUCAAUCUAAAAAAAGAAAAUGGCAUUAAUCUUUAAAGACAACAACAAUUUUAUGAGCUUGUGGAGUCUGGGAUCAUAUGACCUUGAACAGUCAGCCUUAUCAUGUAAUUGAACUCACUGAAGAAAAACUCUAGCUACCGUACAUAUUAUUUUCAGACUGUGCAUAUUUGUAUCUCGAAGAUUUUUAAAUGUUUUGUUUUGGUGAUAUUUUGCUCUGUAGUUGGUGUACGUGGGCCGGCAGGUUGAAUAAUUGAUGGAAUGAGA